AUGAUUCUGUUCACCCAGGUCCCCUCCGACCCCCCAGGUCCCCUCCGACCCCCCAGGUCCCCUCCGACCCCCCAGGUCCCCUCCGACCCCCCAGGUCCCCUCCGACCCCCCAGGUGCCCCCCGACCCCCCAGGUCCCCUCCGACCCCCCAGGUCCCCUCCGACCCCCCAGGUCCCCUCCGACCCCCCAGGUGCCCUCCGACCCCCCAGGUCCCCUCCGACCCCCCAGGUCCCCUCCGACCCCCCAGGUCCCCUCCGACCCCCCAGGUCCCCUCCGACCCCCCAGGUCCCCCCCGACCCCCCAGGUCCCCUCCGGCCCCCCAGGUGCCCCCGGCCCCCAGAGGGGUCCUUGGUGGUUAUCUCUAACAGGCAGAGAGCCACAGCACCCAGUGUUCCCAGAGAGCCACAGCACCCAGUGCUCCCAGAGAGCCACAGCACCCAGUGCUCCCAGAGAGCCACAGCACCCAGUGCUCCCAGAGAGCCACAGCACCCAGUGCUCCCAGAGAGCCACAGCACCCAGUGCUCCCAGAGAGCCACAGCACCCAGUGCUCCCAGAGAGCCACAGCACCCAGUGCUCCCAGAGAGCCACAGCACCCAGUGCUCCCAGAGAGCCACAGCACCCAGUGCUCCCAGAGAGCCACAGCACCCAGUGCUCCCAGAGAGCCACAGCACCCAGUGCUCCCAGAGAGCCACAGCACCCAGUGCUCCCAGAGAGCCACAGCACCCAGUGCUCCCAGAGAGCCACAGCACCCAGUGCUCCCAGAGAGCCACAGCACCCAGUGCUCCCAGAGAGCCACAGCACCCAGUGCUCCCAGAGAGCCACAGCACCCAGUGCUCCCAGAGAGCCACAGCACCCAGUGCUCCCAGAGAGCCACAGCACCCAGUGCUCCCAGAGAGCCACAGCACCCAGUGCUCCCAGAGAGCCACAGCACCCAGUGCUCCCAGAGAGCCACAGCACCCAGUGCUCCCAGAGAGCCACAGCACCCAGUGCUCCCAGACCUUGA